GCAACUAUGACUUUUGCAAAGCAAACGUUCAACCCCAAGCAGCGGUCUCCCGGGCCGGGGCUGCGCGGCCGCUGCUGUGCUGGCUUUUAAUGGUGGGAGUGCAUCGUCCUCUGACUCUGCUCUUCCUCUCCAGAAGGCUGUCCUGGGACCCCAGCUCUUCGUCCCGCUCCGGGGCCAGCGGCUCGCCUGCUAUGCGCGGCAGCCCGCGCGGGGGCCGGCACCAGCAGCGCCCGGGCGGAUGCGGCGAGCCCACAGAGGGGCAUGCUUCCACGCACCAAGUACAACCGUUUCAGGAAUGACUCGGUGACAUCGGUCGAUGACCUUCUCCACAGCCUGUCGGUGAGCGGUGGAGGCGGCAAGGUCUCCGCGGCGCGCGCGACCCCGGAGGCGGCCCCUUAUUUGGUGUCCGGCGAAGCCCUGCGCAAGGCGCCCGACGAUGGGCCCGGCAGCCUGGGCCACCUGCUUCACAAGGUGUCCCACCUGAAACUCUCCAGUUCCGGCCUCCGCGGCCUGUCGUCGGCCGCCCGGGAGCGGGCGGGCGCGCGGCUCUCGGGCAGCUGCAGCGCGCCCAGCCUGGCCGCCCCGGACGGCAGCGCGCCCCCGGCGCCCCGCGCCCCGGCGGUGAGCAUGAGCACCGCCAAGAAGGGCCGGCCCGGCGAGGAGCCGCUGCCCAGGCCCCCGCGGGGGGCGCCGCACGCCAGCGACCAGGUGUUGGGACCCGGAGUCACCUAUGUGGUCAAGUACUUGGGGUGCAUUGAAGUUCUACGCUCAAUGAGGUCUCUUGACUUCAGCACGAGAACACAAAUUACCAGGGAAGCCAUCAGCCGUGUCUGUGAAGCUGUACCCGGUGCCAAAGGAGCCUUCAAGAAGAGAAAGCCUCCGAGCAAAAUGCUGUCCAGCAUCCUGGGAAAGAGCAACCUUCAGUUUGCAGGGAUGAGCAUCUCUCUGACCAUCUCCACCGCCAGUCUGAACCUGAGGACGCCUGACUCCAAACAGAUCAUAGCGAAUCAUCACAUGCAGUCCAUCUCCUUCGCCUCUGGGGGCGAUCCGGACACAACAGACUACGUUGCUUAUGUAGCUAAGGACCCUGUUAAUCGCAGAGCUUGUCACAUUCUGGAAUGCUGUGACGGGCUGGCCCAAGAUGUCAUUGGCUCCAUUGGACAAGCCUUUGAGCUCCGGUUUAAGCAAUACUUGCAGUGUCCUUCCAAGAUUCCCACUCUCCAGGAUCGAAUGCAGAGUCUGGAUGAACCGUGGACAGAAGAGGAGGGGGAUGGCCCAGACCACCCAUACUACAACAGUAUUCCCAGCAAGAUGCCUCCUCCGGGAGGUUUUCUUGACACGCGAUUGAAAAACAGACCCCAUGCUCCGGACUCGGCCCAGUUUGCAGGAAAAGAGCAAACUUAUUACCAGGGAAGACACUUGGGGGACACAUUUGGUGAAGACUGGCAGCAGACACCUUCCAGGCAAGGUGAGAGGCAAGGGUCCUUGGACAUCUACAGUAUGCCAGAAGGGAAAUCACACGUGGCCCCCAUGGGAGAUGCUCCCACCUACGUCAACACCCAGCACAUGCCACCACAGGCCCGGCCGGCGGUGGCCAACAGUGCAGAGAGCAGCCCACGGAAAGACCUCUUCGACAUGAAGCCUUUUGAAGAUGCACUCAGGAACCAGUCCUUGGGACCCACGUUGAGCAAGGCAGCCUCUGUGGAGUGCAUCAGCCCCGUCUCCCCCAGAGCCCCGGACGCCAAGAUGCUGGAGGAGCUGAAAGCCGAGCCUUGGUACCAAGGAGAGAUGAGUAGGAAGGAGGCGGAGGGGCUUCUGGAGAAAGAUGGAGACUUCCUGGUCAGAAAGAGCACCACCAACCCAGGCUCCUUCGUCCUCACGGGCAUGCACAAUGGCCAGGCCAAGCAUCUGCUGCUGGUGGACCCUGAAGGCACGAUCCGGACAAAGGACAGGGUCUUCGACAGUAUCAGCCACCUCAUCAGCUACCACCUUGAGAGCAGCCUGCCUAUUGUGUCUGCGGGGAGUGAACUCUGCCUCCAGCAGCCAGUGGAGAGGAAGCAGUGAGCUGGCCCGGCCCUCUUCCAACGCCGCACAGGUCAGGAGGACCUGGGGCGACAGUCUCCCGCUACAGGACCUGGGGUUGCCGCCUGAGGGCACAGAGCCUUCUUCAAAAGCCCCCAAAGGAAAGCUUCCUUCAAGUUCAAGUUUCAUAAACUUGUUCCAAAUUUCUCAUAUGCAUAUGAAAGGUGUACAUACCUAUACAUCCUGUACAAAUUAUCCCUCUAUAUUUAUAUUUUUUAAGACUAAGAAAGAUGUAAGACUAAUGUUCUGUGCUGUAUGUUUUUAAUGAAAAAAAAAAAAAAAGUUUGUCUGUAGUUGUCCAGGCAAAAAUUUAACUCCACUGACCUGUUCCACUGGGAAAUUUCUCUAGGAAGGUGUAGCCUGCAGUUUUACCUAAUAAGCACAAUACAAGGCAAGCAGGAAGUUCCAUAAUAAACAUGGAAUUGUAAUCCAAUAAGGUAGCAAGCUGCCGAAGUAGUGUCUAACCUUGCAUUUUAAGUACUGUUAUGAAAGGGGCCCUGAGAUUGGAUGGGCUUGCUGAACUGGGCCCCUCCUUCCACGUGUUCCUACUUCUUGCACCUCGGGGCUCUGUGUGCACGGGGUUUCCACUGCAGGACCACUUGCUGCAGCUUCACUAUAAAGCAGGGGAUGCUCCAGCUCCUCUGGGCCCUGCUGAGCAUGGGAGCCUGUCACCUUUGACCCCAGUUAUGUGUAGGGAUUCAUUUGAGGUCACCCAUCAAGAUCUUGACUGGCAGAUGCCACCCUUGUUUUCCUCCCUACAUGAUGAAAUGAGUAUGCAUGGAAGACAGCGGAGGCACUUUCUUAGCCAGCAGGUUGGUGCCGGGCUGCCUGUAAUAGCUGCUAGUGAAGUAGCCCCGCAGCCGCCCUUUGUAUUCAGCAGAGAGAGGAACGUCUAAGAGCUGCGGGAGUGCGCACGCGCGCAGAGUUCAGCCCUGGAGACCGCACACCCGCGGGUCCUCCUGGGUCUGUGCGGCCGGAAGGAAGUUCUACAGUCUUCAGAAUUAGUUUGAGGUUCCCCUCCUGGAGUGAGGGAUGGUGAACUGCUCGGUGGGCAGGGCCAGUGCCCCCUGUGGCAGCUCUCUGUCCUGACUCCCUUCCGGAUCAAAUGCUGUCAUUUUCUGAUAAGUCCUUUGGUGUUAGGAAGUUGGCAACACUUAAGACUUUUAAAAAUAUAUAGGGACUGAGAUUGCCCCGUAACUUAACAGAUGCUGUCUUUUCAAACACAGUUGGAUGAUUCGGUCAUUGGUUGACACCUCCUCCAGUGUCACCCUGGUCCCAGUGAGAUCCUGUUAGCACGUGGCAUCCCUGGCCAAUUGAACUGAAAGAUGCUCCACUCAGAGUUGGGUCGUGUAAAAUUGGAUGUUUUCAGAGGAAUUAAGGGAGACUUAAAUAUGUCUGGUGAAGUUCUAUUGCUGAGCGUGUGGUCUCCACUUCUGCUUUGGGGGAUGUGCCGCCAAAUGGGAGGACAGUGUGGAGGUAAUGACUGAGGAUGGGUUGGGUGACUCCCAGAUGUCAUAUAAGCAGCCUUCUUUGGAGGUUUUGCCCUUGAAGCGUCCAAAGAAUCCAAGCUGACAGCUGAGUCAGUCUUCUAGAAUGUUCUGUGGUGGAUUGGAACUCUGGAGAGCCUGGCACUGGUGUAGACCACCUUGCACUUUCUAUGCUGUUGGUUUCAGACACAGCCUGGACACCCUGCUCCAUGUCAUCCACCUCAGUGGGACUGACAAGGUGGCUGGUGGCAGCUGCUUUGACUCCUGCCUUGUGACCACAUAGGUUUGGGGUGGCUCUGAAUCACCCUGCACUCCUGUCCCCUGGGAAGCUGUCCCCUAUACAUGCAUAUUCAGUUCUGACCCUCCUGUGUGAGCAUAAACUACAUAUAAAAAUGUUGUGAGAUUACCUUCUUUCAACAUUCUUUCAUCCCCCACUGUGAAAGGUCAAAAUAUUCAUGUUUAGGGGUACUAGCAUUAUAGAAAACCAAGGUUAAGAACCACGGACGCCAUUUUAUUUUCCUCUUGGUGAAAUAAAAAGUGCUAGUCUAUGGUUCUAGUAACCCUCUUAUCUGAAGUCAGUGUUGAUUUAGCGGAUGAUAGGAAACAUUUUUUUUUUUUCCUGCAUGGGAAUCAAUUUAGAAAAUCCAAAGUAUUGGGAUCAAAUUUUUACUUUUCACUAUUAAUUCAAAAUAUGUAAUUUUGAUUUCAGAUGACAAGAUUAGUUACACUGAAAUAAUGCCAAGUCAAAAAAUUGUCAUUCCCUUUUGGGAACAACAUCUCAAAGCAGAUAUGAGAGGUGGUGAAUGGCAGGGAUCUUGUACUCUUCCUUCCCUUCAUUUGUACAGCUGGGUACUGCACACAUGAGUCAUCUCACCCAUUCUUCCACAUUCCUUCCGGGGAAUGUGAUGGGGCAUUCCCAGAAGCCUCUUGCUUCCAUGUGGGAAACUGAGGCUUGCUCCAGGUCAUGCAGCCAGCUGGCAACAGAGCUAUGCUGCUUGUCCAGCAUUUUCUGAACUCUGCCAUGUGCCAGCCUGUGCUUGGAGCUUGGGAUUUGGAGGCACACCUAAUGGAACCUCCUCCCUCCCUCGCCUGGGCUCUGUUUCCCCAUGAUUCUCAGACUGCAUUUCUGCCUGCGGGGGCAGAGCUGCUGAACAACAAACCCAGGCAGAGCAGGACUGUCUGGUGUAUCCUGGGGCUGUGACUCCCUGGGCGUAGUAGCCGCACUCUGUGCCGGGCCACCCUGGGCCCUGCAGAGUAUGCCAGAGCUCUCGCCCCUUCUCAUGAGCAUAUCCCACCACCCCAGCCAGAACUCUGCUGGAAGUGCCCGAUGGGGCCUAGCAGUCUUAAAAUGCCCUUCUCUGCUCUGGCACGGUGAACCUGGGGAUACCCAGCCCCUCCAGCCUCUGCCCUCCUGGGUGAAUUAUCUGUGCUUCAGAUGACAUCCCUGUCCCCCUGAAGCUGGUUGGGGCUCCCACGGGGUUGCUCCUUGUGGUCUGAUCAGCUUUGACUCAGGCUGUCCCUGGAUGGGCUCCCUACAGCAUCAGGUGAGCAGGUGGAUAAAGGACAGGGUCUAAUGACUCAACCUUAAAUCCUAUGCCUCGGUUACCAAUGAGUGGGGCUUCUGAUAUUUGAAGGACCACAGAUCUGGGUUCGUGCUCAGCCUGGAUGAGUGACUAUUCUGUUUAAGGCCAUCUUGGAUGUUGGGGUGAACGGACCAAGGUCCAAUUGGGCCAAGGGUCCAAUUGGACACCAUAUGAUGGUGUCCUUGAGGGUCGCCUGGUGGCAGAAGGAAUCAUAAAUAGUUUUAAGUGAAGACAAAAACUGAUAAGCCAUGAGUGGAGGUAAAGGCCCCGCCUGGAGGGAAGGACAGGCCCAGUGAGGAGUGAGCCCAAGAGGGCCCAUCAGCUUAGGGUCACUGCUGACACAUGUUCGACCUCCUUGCCUAUCCUGGGGUUCUGAAGAUGCCCCAGCUCCUGAAAUGAAGCUUUUCUUCCCAGGAGCACCACUUACUUGGAUGACCCCAUCAUCCAGGUGAUGUUUCAGGCAGACAUCCAGUCUUCAUUUCCUCUGCAUUGGCUGCUAUACGAAAGCCAGUCCCACGGUCCUUUCCUGUUGGGCUGAGCUGAGUAGAAACCUGCACCACAGGCACCUCUGGGGCAGUGCCAGCAGCAGCUGGGCACCUCUGUCCAUCCUCAACUCCAGCAUGCCCAGCAUGAGUCGGCCUUGGGCAUGUCAGUGGCUGGAUUUCUCUGAGCAUGGCUUGCUCCACACUGCAACGUGGCUGCACGUAGUCCCCAUGGGAGUGUUGGGGGUUGAUGAACGGGUAAUGUGUAAACAGAUACUGGCUGAGAUGCCUCAUUCACAAAAGUGUACAUCGGUUCUCUCUCACUGGCCCAAGGUUGCAUGCCAUCUGUAAAUCCCUUUCUGUGGAGGGUGACAACCAGAUUGGAAGUGGGUAGGAGGAUUUGGAAAGACUGCAAAAUAGAUCAUUGCACCCAGACAAGUCUUUGCAGUGGGUUUCAGAAUAGCACUCUGGUUCUCAUGGAACUGAAAGUGUUUUCUAAGAAAGGCAAAGUAGAGGAAUCCCAUCCCUGGAACAGUUUGAAAACCUAAGCCUGUUGGCUUCAUACAGGAUAACAAGGGAGCUUUACAGGAUGGUCCAAUGGGAGGGGACCCUUGUUUUUCAGAUGAGGAAACUGGAGCCAGGUGUCCUGCUGGAGAAUGGCAAUAGUCAGUGGAUGAAUUUAAGACAGAAUGCAGGACUUACUAAGGUCCUUUAGGGCUUGCACAUGGAGCUCAGCCCCAUGACAAUGGCAAAUACGCUUCUGUUCUCAGGCUUUACCUCUAUGCUCCAUCUCAAAAUCACGAAGGCCUGAGCCAUUUAGAUGGGAAGGGCAGUGCUUCUAUUUCCUCUGUCUUAGUUGGGGUUCUUUGGGAAACAGAACCUGAAGAAGAUUCGAGUGUAUCUAAUUUAUUUGGGAGAUGAUUUUAGCAGUAGGGGGAAGGAAGGUAGUAAGGAAGCAUUGUCAAGUUUCCAUGAUGUGGACAAUGGGGCCUUCACCACUGGGAGGCCAGAGAGUCAGGGCUGAGGACACCUCGGAAGUAGCCCAGUGGAUGGGGGAGGGGUGGAAAGUUGGGCUUUAUUUACCAAGUCCAUCAUUGAUGGAAGGCUGUUUUGGGGGACCCUGAGCACACCUGAGCACACUUUGCAAUCCGGGAUGUCCUUGGGCAAAGACAGAUGUUCUUAGUAAACAAACUUGGCAUGAAAGGCAGGAAUUGGAACCACCUGGCUUGCUGGUUCACACACAAAUUACGGAGUCCUGCAACCUGAGUUCCUGACUCAGUGAGUCUGGAGUGAGGCCUGAGCAUUUGCUUUUCAAUUACAUCACAAGGGUAUCACCUUGUUGAUGAUAACCUUGGUGCAGCUGGUUGGCUUUGAGAACAAUUGACUGAAGAGAGUUUUCUUGUCACUUAUUGGUGGUUCCUGCCCUCUGUUUUAUGAUUAAGUUUCAUACUUUCUUUGUGUCUUAGUUCCCAGGGUCCAUGCUGAGAAUUCAAAAGCAGAGGAUUAAUAAGCACUUAUAACUUCCUGCAACCAUUGCUGGCAGAUAAAACGCCAUCUGCCAGCCACGAUUUAUUUAUAAUGACGUUUACACAUAUUUAUAAGUUUGCAAGCAACAAAUGCACAGUUUUAAAACUGGCAUAUUUUAUAGUAGUCAGAAAAAUUUCAACUUUAUACCAGGACCUGUGAAUGUGAACUGCAUAUAUAUAUAUACACCUGUACGGGUGAUUAAGACGGAUAUGCAUUUGGGUGUGUGUGUGUGCGUGCCACACGCAGGUUAAGUCUCUGCUGUGUACCAUCGAACUCCUCCCUGGCAGGAGCCUAGCACAAAAUACUAGGACAUUGGGAUGGGAUGAGGCCACUGUGGGCCAUGAGGGACAAGAGGGAAAAGAAGCCAGCGAGGGAAGCCCUGGGAGGGAGAAGGCAGAGCUAGGACAAAAGGAAAGCGAAGAGAGAGGGAAGACAAAGCAUUGCAGACCUAACAGGCCUCUGUGCAGUACGGGAGGCUGUCGCCUUGGCAGCCUGCUUUGGAAGGUGGGUUGUUCCCUGGUUGCAGCUGCAUUUGAUGGGUACAACCUCUUUUCUGACCAGUCUUCUCAGCCUCAGUUGCCCAUGAAUUCUUAGGUGGCAGGCCCUGCACUGAGCUUGUGGAAUAGAGAAAUAAAUACACAGAGUUUCUGCCUGAGAGUGUAAUCCAGUAGGAAAUCAACGCGUGUGCAUGUGCACGCACACACGAGAGUGUUGGAGUGUGACAAGCCUUGCUUGUGCACCCAUGUUCAACAGGACCUGGUCAGUCUGGGUCCGCUGUGAAGGCUUGGCCCACUGGGCAUUGACAUGGAAUGUCAGAAGAAGCUGUCGAGAUGUGGAAGGCUAAAAAUAGGGGAGGCUCAGGACCCACCUGGUACAGGUGAGGCACCAGUAUCAGAAGGAUGCUGGAUGGGAGGGGUGGGGUUCCCAGUCUCCCCCCUUUCUUCCUCCCAGAUGCCCUGAAUAAGUGAAUCCCAAACCUAAAACGCAUAGGUGUUUUCCCCAGGGCUUGGAGAAAGAUUUUUACAGAAGAAAUCACAGGAAAGGAAACAAUCCUACUAAGUAUUUAUGAAUCUGUUUGGUCGUCUCAGCUUGGACUAUUGUAGAUAGAAAAACACACACUGGGGAGCGAGGCCGAGCCGAUGGCCCCAAGCCUUCAAGGUCAUGAAUUGACACACAAGUAGACAUUUUUACCGCAACCAAACUCUCUUGACCACUGAAAUCAAGCAGCAAUUAACGAAGCAGAAAUGAAUGGGCAAAUCCAUCUCCAAACAAUGAGUUACAUUUUUUGUAACAACUAUGUGUGAGUUGCAAGUGGAAUGUUCUGUUCAUUUGACUCUUGACUGUAACUUGUUCCAGAAUAUUGUGAAAUUCAGUAUGUGAAUGUUUCUUUGUAUUCAGAAUUAAACAUUUGGUGUUUCAAUCCCAGGAUUAGGAGACGAUUCCAUGUAAAUUUAAUGUGUAAUAAUAAGAUAUUUAUUACUUUUAAAAAAGCAUUUGGAUGGCAAAUUAUACAUAUCGAUACGUGAGUGAUUAUUUGAAAAAUUUGUUUCCAUUAACUUUCGUGAAGCAAAAAGAAUUACUGUCUGGUUGUAUUGCCAGUUUGCCUUUCCCACUUUGGGACUGGAAAGGAAUUGGCUUCGGGGACAUCCCUGAGGAGGGGAAAUACAAAACUGACUUCAAGUUUUCCAAUCUUUCUUCUUUGAAGAAUGAGAAAACCUAAGUUAUUCGGUUAUUUCGGAGAUCUGACUGUAAGCGAGUAACGACAAUUGUCUCUGGUUCCCUCCUCACCUUCAACGAAUCCAAUUCACAUGUUCAGGAAACGAUGUGGUUUCCCGUUAGAGCCCAUCACCUCGCGUCUGGUGCAUCCCUGAGCUUCUGGGAUGGCCCAGCGGAGAGACAUCUCGUGGCAUGCUGGGUGUCAUCACGGUGACCCAGGUGCGAAAGAUGGCACACGUAAUUCAGGCCGUGCUGCCCUUCUCGUUAUAAUUGGUUAUCAGCAAAUGUGCCUUUAUUAUUGGAAUAGUGGUAUGUGCAUUUCUGAUUACAUAGCAACCCCUUUGAAUAUUUGACUUAGCUACUAAAAACGUUUGGGUGUCGAGGUUUUGCACUUGUAGAUACAAUUUAAAAGCAUGGAACUGCCAAUGUAAUUAGACGUUUUCUAUAAAAUACACCUUGUUACAUUUCUGUGAAAGGCUCUUAACCAGCGCAGAGUAACUAUGGCUGAAGGGUUGAGAGAAAAAAACCAUUUUUAAAAUAGUUCAUUGUUUCAAUGACUAUAAAUGUAAGUCUGCUGGCAAUAAAGGCUAUUG